UCCGCUAUAUUCUCUAUAAUAUAAACUGUUAUUUUCUCGGAACGAUACACAACAAGGGAACUAUUUUCUACUGUUUUGCUCCACCUACGAGAUGCUCUUCUUGAACUUCGAAUGACUGGCUUAGAUUCCAUGGAUCCUUUUUUGCCUAAAUUGUUCGUGGAUAUAUCCUGCCAAGUUCAUCUUCUGGUAGCAUGGCUGCUUCACUGACAGCGUACCGUAUUAAGGGUGUAUGGUACAGUCGUAUUAAGUUAUGCAGAAAAUUCUUUGAAAGACAGAUUUUGUCAUAUGUAGCACUUAGAAAGUCUAGUAUUUCUGCAGACUCACAGUUUGAAGUCUUGGAAUUACUUAUGGACCUAUGCCAAAACAGGCACUUUUUGACUUCAGGUCACAUUAGAAUGGGUUUUGUGAAUAGUUAUGGACCUUUAGGAGCAGAACUUAAACGGAAUCUAAUAUCUCAAUGGUGGAAGUCUGUCGUUUUAUCCAGAGAACAAGUAUUUGGGGUGGAAACCUUGCACCAUUUAGUUACAGCAACUGGGCAGAAUGAGUCUUCUCUCAAAGUAUUAGACAACAGAAUGUUUGAAGAAAUAAUUAAAAAUGAAGAACUGACAAAAAAGCAGAUGGUUGCAUCCUUUCAGGAGCUUCUGCAUAAAGGAGGAACUUUACGUAAGAACCUCAUUCAGGGGGCCAUAGAGCAGUAUGUUUAUUCACUGAAUCUGGUGAACCAGAAGCUACCCUUUGGACUUGCUCAGAUUGGAGUAAGUUAUGAACCAGAAACCAUCUCUGUUGAGCUGAGUGACAGUGUAGACAGUGUCAGUGAAGUGACCAGUGCAUCUCUUGUUUGGUUCAGUGCAGCUAGAACCUCAAGCCAAUGGCUGGACUACUGGGUACGCCAGAGACUACUCUGGUGGAGAAAGUUUGCAAUAGGUCCAUCAAAAUUUAUAAGCUCCGACUAUCAGGACAACGAGGGUAAUAAAGGGACUGCUUUAUAUUACAAUUUUCCAUCAGGGAAGGAGCCAGUAGAAGUAAUCCUGAAUCUGGGUAACAGACAGCUGCUUCAGGUUCAUCACGGAAACGGAACAAAGAUACAGGUUUGUCAGGGUCUCUGCCAAGAAUUGUUAGACCAUGGAAUCGCUGUGUGGCCUGGGCAUCUAGAAACUGUACAGAGCAGUAUGGAACAACUUUGUUUGAAGUAUGAUGAGAUGGGUGUUAUCUUCACCAUUGUUAUCAGUGACUCCACACUGGAAAAUGGGAUAGUUGUUUUGAGAAACAGAGAUACAACCAUGAAGGAAAUGUUGCACAUUUCUGAGGUGAAGAAUUUUUUAAUGAAGUACAUUGAUGCUGCCAGCAAUAUUUAAUGUCCAAUAAACAUUGCUAAAAUA